AAGGCUUGUUUACUGGAAGCACUUUGCAGACGCAGUUUUCACCGAUACUGUCCUCACUUGUUGAUACGAGCGGUUCGCGACUAGCGAAAACGAUAAGUGUAGGAUGCGAUAAGGAACUGAAGGAAUUGUUUGAUGUGGAUGCUUUUGUGCAGCAUUCCUGGGAACAGAAGUAUCAGUCUGUAUUUGGUGUUAUAACUGUAGGUUUGUACGAAUUUUUGCGGGAAAAAUACAAUUAA